CCAGUGAUGGCCGUGGAAUUCGCGACGUGCGUCGGAUCGAGCGGCAAGUCUGUUUACCGUGACGUUGUCCCGGGCGAGAAUACGUUUCGCGUCCCGGUUUUGCGAGGAAUUCGGCUCGCUCGCCGGCGGAAAUCGAUCGUGCGUGCGUAUUUCGAACGUGUCAACGACAACCGCAAAGACGUAUUGACAAGACGGUGGCUCGCUACGUUUUUCGUUUUGACAAAACUCGCUCCCGUGGCUGCGAACGCUCUCGCGUGCAGCAGGAACCGCUGCACUCCCCGCCGCGAGCGUACCGCGGGGAGUAAACCGCUUAUAUAAACGCCGACUUAUUAUUGUGACUCGUCUCGUUUGAUAUAAUGCCGCGGUGGGAGUGAUAAGAGGGUGCGAGGGAGGCAUUCGACGAGAGUACGGGGACGACGACUCCACGCCCCCGUCCGGUAUCCUUUUUUUUUUCUCCCUCACUGAAGAGACACGCGCGCAGAGAGCGCCCCAGGUGUAGGCAGCGAAAAUGGCCGAGGAAGGUGGUGCGGGUGGUUCAGCAAACGGAAGCAGCGGUGAGACGAGUCGUCUGCAGCUUCUGCAGGAGAUGCGACAGCAGAACUUCGAUACCAUAAGAUUCGCGUCGUAUCGCACCGCUUGCAAACUGAGAUUUAUUCAGAAGAAAGUGCAUCUGCACAAUGUCGACAUAUGGAACGUGAUCGAGGCAUUUCGAGAGAACGGUCUGAACACACUGGAGCCGUCGAGCACGUUGGGAGUGUCCCGGCUCGAAACACUGCUGUCUUCCUUGUUCCACGCGCUGAAUAAGAGAGUGCCGGUGUCGCAGCAAGCCAAGGUGGACGCGACCACGGCGUUACUCAUGAACUGGCUACUGGCCGCUUAUACCAGCGGGGAAAACAAUAAAAUAUCCGUCUUCUCGGUGAAGGUGGCACUGGCCACGUUGUGCGCGGGAAAGCUCAUGGAUAAGUUCCGAUAUAUAUACUCGCAGAUAUCGGACAGCAACGGACACAUGAUACACUGGAGGUUCGCCGAUUAUUUGAAGGAGGUUCUGGCUUUGACCGCGGCCGUCUACGAAUCGCCGUCGUUCGGUUAUUCCGACGGUCUCGCCAAUUCCAUCUUUCCCGCGAAUUCCAAGGUCACCGUGAACGAUUUCCUGGACACGCUCAUGUCAGAUCCCGGACCCCACUGCUUAAUCUGGUUGCCGUUGUAUCACAGAAUGGCAGCCGUAGAAACAGUGGCUCAUCCUAUUGUAUGUGACGCGUGUCACAAAGAGAAUUUCACAGGAUUUCGAUACAGAUGUCAAAAAUGUCAUUCGUAUCAGCUGUGUCAGGACUGUUUCUGGCGCGGUAAAGUUUCGGGAACACACAAUAACGAUCACGAAACGAGAGAGUAUAGUAGUUUUAAAUCGCCCAGCAAACAGAUCGGCCAUUCGCUGCGAAAGAGCUUCAGGUGCGUUCCCGAGAAGGGAAAGAACAGUCUGCCACGAUUCCCGGAACAGCCCGAAAAGACGUUAGACCUGUCGCACAUAGUCCCACCGUCACCUUUACCAUCUCACAACGGUUUUCCAGAUCCAGGAUUUAUGGCACCCUUUGAUUCAGGAUCGGUGGACAGCCGUUCGACAUUGCGAAGUAUGGACAGUUCAAGACUGGACGAUGAACAUAAAUUAAUAGCACGAUAUGCACAAAGGUUGGCACAAGAAGCUAGGACAAUGCCUCGUACCGCGUCGAGAAUGUCCCAGGCAGAUCAAACAGGCAGAGCACCGUCGGACGCGAACCUGGUGUCGUUGGACGCGUCACGGGCGCAGCGUGAGCUCAUAUCACAGUUAGAAGCGAAGAACAAGGAAAUAAUGCGCGAGAUAGCAAGGUUAAGAAGACAACAAGAGAUUGAAGCUGCGGGUCUGGAAAAUCCAGCGUUAAUGUCGGAAUUACGAGCUUUGAGGCAGAGGAAGGACGAGCUGGAAACGCAUCUGGCAACGUUGCAAGAUUCCAGAAGACAGCUGAUGGUACAACUAGAAGGUCUAAUGAAAAUGUUAAAGAAUCACCAAGCGUCGCCGCGUUCAACCCCCAACAGUUCCCCACGAAGUACGAAAUCACCGCCCUUGCCACCUGGCGCGAUUCCGAGCAGUAGAUCGGCACCACCGACACCCGGCGGGCCUUUAUCCACGACACCUCAACAGCAACAGCAACAGCAGCAGCAGCAGCAACAGCAGCAGCAACAAGCGUCUCAGCAAAUGUCACAGAGUUAUCAAAGUCCUAUUCCAACAACGACGGUGGCCAACGUGCAAGGCAACGCUAUACUUGGCACAAUACAGAAUCCUAUUCCAGAUAGCUUGUCGUGCGUUGGCGGCGACGUAAGGUCUGCGUUCAGGACAAACAGCUUACCAGGAAGCGGUUCCAGCAGUGCCAAUAAUAGUCUGGGCCGAUCUUUAAGAAACGACUUACUGGUAGCUGCCGACAGCGUCACUAAUGCUAUGUCGACACUUGUGAGGGAACUAAAUUCAGGUAUUUUGUGGAAUGUGUGUAAUGCACCCCCUGUGAAUGUGUCCUGGUGGCUUGCAGACUCAGACCAGGAGGAUCAUUCUCACAACUCUGGGCUAAUAAACAUCAGAAAGCCGCUAGACUUUGAAGCUGGUGAAGAUGGGGACGACAGCAGCGGCGGCGGAAAUUCCUGGCGAGAAGAGCUGCAACGACGGUAUCAGCAAGAGAACGACUUUCUGGCGGAACUGCGAGCUCGGAACGCCAACAUACCGCAAACGCCGUCGGCUACCCUGUCCAGCGAGCAGGAGCAGGAAAGAGGCGAGCGAGAGGAAGCGGACGGAGAGAAGGAAGACGAGAACGAGUCCAACUGGGCGGAAGCGGUGAAGAGAUGGGUCAAUCGAUAAACCGACGUAAUAUAAAAAAAUUGUAUCGCGCGUUAUUAGAAUAUCGAAGACACGUUUAAACAGUCGAAAAAAAAAACCAAUGCACAAGUGAACGAUCGACAAGCCCCGUCGGGAUUAUAAUUACGUACGCACGCCGUAUACUUUCGAUAUAUUGUUACACAAAAUGUAAUCCUCUCGUUAGAGAAUUGAAUGUUGUAAGUCUCUGGACAAUUCAAUAUAUACCAUGCAUUUAUAUGCGAGAGAUGGUACUUGCAAUCAAAAAAAAUAUGACACAAAGUUCGAACAAAAAUCGUUACAAAAAGAUUUUGUUUUUCUCACGAUAAUCAAGCGAUCGUCGAUCGAUUCUUUCAAAAACGACAUUGUGCGAGCGAGCGUAUACAUAUAUAUAUCAUGGUUUUUUGCUACUUUAUACGUAUUCUGCGACGUGUGAACAAAACUUUUAGAGUUUGUUGAACAUACAUCUCUCCUCCGUACGUAUAUAUAAGAAACUAUACAUAGAUAGAGAACUCGAAACGAACAUAAACAUAUAUAUUUGCGUUUUUUAUUAUCUAUAUAUAUAUUUCUUAUUUACUGUUAUCACAAUUGUUACAUUUGUAAUUAAUACCAAGCGAUGUAAACGCAAUACACACGGAUAAGCUCCGUCUACUUCCAUCUCGUAUAUAUUCCAUUUCGGCUUAUACUUCCGCAAUCAUGAUCAACAACACGCAUCUCUCUGUACAUAUUUGACAAUCGGAUUAUUUCCGAUUACACAUACGCUGAUUCGAGGGGGGGAAAGGAGGAGGAUUCCAUUCUUUCGCAAUAUAAAAAUACAUUAACAUAUAAGUACACAUUCAUGUUUGUAUACCGUAAAAUAAUUCACAAGUCACGCGCGGUGAGAAAAAUUUUGCAGUUUUGCAUUUUACACAAAACCAAAAUCUGAAAAAUUAGUAAGUAGCCUUGUAACUUUAAUAACAGAGAGCCCAAAGAUAAAUCGCAGUUAAAUCAUGUUUUCUAAUGUAUAUCACAAGUUUAUACAUAUAUAUAUAUACAUAGGUGUAGAGAUUUAGUUAAAAACGGAGAACCAAAGAAUGUUUUUUGUACAUUCGUACCACUUCGAAAUGCAUCGCGUGCUAUUUAAACGAAAAAAAAAAAAAAAAGAGUAAUAUAUAUAUAUAUAUGUAAAC